GGAAGGUUAGUUACAGUUUAUUUUUCGGGAAAUGCAAUCCAGACCCCCAUACUGUGAUUAACGAUCAGUUUAUUUGUGCGUGAAUAUGUAUUAAAGUCAGUUUUCCUUUUGCCUUUAUUUUAAUGCUUUAGUGAAAAGGUGUUUUUGGUUUUAUUUGUUUAUACUUACUUUUAAGUUCACGGACAACAAAAGAUUCCUACAUAACGUUAGAUAUCCGGAAUGGCAGAAGAAGAGGACGAUACGGGGUUUGAUGAAGACAUUGAAGAUGGUGGAAUUGGAGCUGAGGGAGGCCAUGGGAAGAGAAAGAGGCUUUUUUCUAAAGAACUUCGAUGCAUGAUGUAUGGAUUUGGUGAUGAUCAAAAUCCAUACACGGAGUCUGUGGAUAUUUUGGAGGACCUUGUGAUAGAAUUUAUCACAGAAAUGACACACAAAGCGAUGUCAAUUGGACGUCAAGGUCGGGUGCAAGUGGAAGACAUUGUAUUUCUUAUUAGAAAAGAUCCACGGAAAUUUGCCAGAGUUAAGGAUCUCCUAACGAUGAAUGAAGAACUGAAACGGGCUCGCAAAGCUUUUGAUGAAGCAAAUUAUGGAUCAUAAACACAAGCUUCUGCAUUGCUUUCAAAUGUAUGUUGUAUUUAAUGUUUGUUCCCUUAUGUUUAUUAAGAUUAAAUACAAUUUUGAUCAUUGUGUAUUGUGUAAUUUAACUGAGCUUUGUAUCAAACUCUUGUGAGAGCAUAAUUAGACACAUGAGGUUAUUUGUUUUCCAGCUGAGUGCCAUGGAUGUUGUUCCAUUCUCCUUCACCAUUGCUGAAUGCUACAGACCAGUCCCAAGGUUUUGCAGCCGUGUUUUUUUUUUUACGGAGAAGUGCUUUGUACCAAUAAAUUUCUGCCUAAAUCAAUGGA